AUGCCCACUAUCAAAGAAGCUAACAACUUCGCAGCUCUGCAAGAAAAGAUCAACCAAGACGCUCAAGAGAUCGAGCAAUGGUGGUCCCAGCCCCGUUGGAAGCACACCAACAGGAUCUACAGCGCCCGCGAUAUUGCCGUGAGACGUGGUACUUUCCCAGCACUAACGUACCCAUCCUCAGUCGUCGCUCAAAAACUGUACGGUGUCUUGGCGGAACAUAACGCGAACAAGACCGUCUCCCAGACUUUCGGUGCAUUGGACCCAGUGCAAGUGACUCAGAUGGCUAAAUACUUGGACACGAUCUACGUCUCCGGGUGGCAGUGUUCCUCUACUGCUUCGACUUCCAACGAGCCAGGUCCAGAUCUCGCUGAUUACCCCAUGGACACUGUGCCCAACAAAGUGGAGCAUCUGUUCAAGGCGCAACAGUUCCACGACCGGAAGCAAUGGGAGGCAAGGGCGCAUGCGACCUCUGAGGAGGAAUUGAAGCAGCUUGGUCCAGCCACGGACUACCUGACCCCCAUUAUCGCUGACGCGGAUGCGGGCCACGGUGGGUUGACCGCCGUUUACAAGUUGACAAAGAUGUUCAUUGAGCGUGGUGCCGCUGGUAUCCACAUGGAGGACCAGACCUCUACGAACAAGAAGUGUGGCCACAUGGCUGGGAGAUGUGUGAUCCCCGUCUCUGAGCACGUUUCGCGGUUAGUCACGAUCCGUAUGUGUGCUGAUGUGAUGAACUCUGACCUGAUCAUCGUUGCAAGAACGGAUUCCGAGGCUGCCACUUUGAUCUCGUCCACUAUUGACACGAGGGACCACUACUUUAUCGUCGGCGCGACAAACGAGAACCUUAAGCUAUCUCUUGUGGAGACUUUGAACGAUGCUGCUAUUAAGGGUGCCUCGGGGGACGAACUGGCUCGCGUGGAGAAAGAGUGGUGUGAACAAGCAGGGUUGAAGUUAUUCCACGAGGCGUUUGCUGACAAAGUGAACAAAUCCUCGAAAUCGUCCUCUGAGAAGAAACGUAUCAUUGACGAGUUCAACGCGAAAGUCGGCCCAUUAACUGAGACAUCGCACAGGGAGGCCCGUGCACUAGCUGAGUCUUUGCUCGGAGAACCGAUCUUCUUUGACUGGGAACUACCACGUGUCCGUGAAGGUCUGUACCGUUACAGGGGCGGCACACAAUGUGCCGUGAUGAGAGCUCGUGCAUUUGCACCAUACGCCGACUUAGUGUGGAUGGAAUCGAACUACCCAGACUACGAACAAGCCGUCGAGUUUGCCGCUGGUGUACGUGCACAAUACCCAGACAAAUGGCUUGCCUACAACCUGUCCCCCUCUUUCAACUGGCAGAAGGCUAUGUCCGUGGACGAACAGUACACUUUCAUCAACCGUUUGGGGCAACUGGGUUACAUAUGGCAAUUCAUUACGCUUGCCGGGUUGCACACCACCGCACUAGCGAUCAACAAUUUCUCGCGCGAUUUCGCCCAGAACGGGAUGAAGGCGUACGCCCAAAACGUGCAGUUACGUGAGAUGGAAGAGGGUGUCGACGUGCUAAAGCACCAGAAAUGGUCUGGGGCCGAGUACAUCGACGGUAUACUGAAAUUGGCGCAAGGCGGUGUCAGUGCCACUGCAGCGAUGGGCGAAGGUGUCACCGAGGAACAAUUCAAGAGCAAGCUGUGA